GUAAAGUUAUAACGCUAACCUUGUUUCCUACUCGAGGCACAAUGAAACUGAAAGUUUCCUAUUUCCAAAUUCUCUUACUCAUUGUUUAUUUUAAUUAUGUUAAACUAGUGCCUGACGAAUACUGCUUCCCCCCUCUAAACACGAGCGACUGCGGGACCCCUCCAACCCCCGUGUUCUCGUACUUCAAGUACGGAUCGAGGUGCGAGAUCGAGUACUGGCGCGGCUGUCCCACCGCGAACAAGUUUGAGAAUGAGUACCACUGUUCGCACUACUGUAUAGGGAAGACGAAGUACUAUGGUCGAGAAAGAGGUAUUUCUAUAGAAGACUUAAGUUUUAAAGAACUUGAGGAUGUAAAUAGGAUUCUCCACGAAAUCGAUGAUAUGUCUGAUGAAGCAAAAGAAAAAUUGGAUUUAGUAUCUCCUGCUCACAAACCGGGUACGAAAACUACGGUUAAAGCCCAAACAGCGGAUACAGAAACUACAGGUGACGCCAAAACAGAGGAUACCAAAACUACAGGUCAUGCCAAAACAGAGGAUACCAAAACUACAGGUGACGCCAAAACAGAGGAUACCAAAAAUACAGGUGACGCCAAAACAGAGGAUACCAAAACUACAGGUGACGCCAAAACAGAGGAUACCAAAACUACAGGUGACGCCAAAACAGGAGAUACAAAAACUACAGUUGAAGCCAGAACAGAAGAGCAUGAAUCAGAAGAAGAAUCUGAUGAACAUGAAAUUGGUGGAUCAACACUGGUACCUAUGACACAAGAGCCUGUGACAGCUCAAACACUUAGAAAAAAAAAGAGGAAAGAAUGAGUAACAAGUUAUUUCAACCCGAAUCUUUAAUUUC